ACGAAUGGAUCCCGAUUUAUUCACGCGCAGCUGGAAGAGGCCGCUCCACUCUUUAAUAACUGUUUACGUCAUCCUCAUUUAUCAAGCAAAUCUUUCCAGAGGUGUUGAAAGAUCAAACGAUUCAAACUGGGAUCCAUUAAAUAACGGGAGCAGCAGGAUAAAGCAUCAGAAAUGGGACACCGCUUCCCAGGGAGGGCAGAUCCUCCAAUCAGCCACUUCUGCUUUAGAAACAAACACUUCAGCCUCCAGACGAUCACUGGUUAGUGGAGCUGUUGCAUCCAACCUGACGUCUGCCAGGAUAGAGAGGACAAAAAACGACUUGUGGAGCCGAAGCGUUGACCAGUCAUCUGUACCGUUGAUGAGACAAUCAUCCUCAACUGGCAGCCAAGAUGUGGAGAGCGAUACAGAAAAUAACCCCCAUCCAUCCCUUCAGUCAGAAACUGAGACUAAACUCCCAACCAGCGGUCAGUUACCGCUGGUCAGCACUACCUCACCUAAUUGGUUACCAACUAAGACAGAAGAACUAAACCAAUCCCAAACCAAUUUGUCAACCAAUCAACCACCAACAACUAGUCAAUCAAUAAAAAUUACUACACCAACCAAACAAUCUUUGACUGAAAACGGAUCAUCAAACCAAUUUCAGACUACAUCUGGACCGCCUACUGCUGUGAUUACACAGUUCAACCAGUCAGACUUUAGCCCAGUGCCACACACUCAGCAAAGGUUGACAACAGCAUCAACAAGCCAAACACCUGACCUAGUCCAAUCCCAAACCAAACCAACGACCAGCCAUUCCCAAGACACUGAACAUGUCAGUCAAUCAGGACACACCACAGAGAAUAUCAAUCACUCAUCAAGCAGCACAGUUUCACCUGGUCUAUCAUCAAUAACAACUCGAGUCAGCCCAGAACAGCUGUUCAAACAACAGACAACAGCAAUAUCAACCAACCAACCGACAGAGACAACUCAGUCAGCCGAAACCCAAACUGGUCUAGCUUCACGUUUCCAAUCUCAAAAAGCCAGCCAGUCAACAAUACGUACUGGACUGACCAGUCAAUCAUCAUCAGGCAUAGCAACAGAAACUAGUAAGUCAACAAAAAGUAAAACUUUGUCAGGUGACACCUCAACCAAGAUUGUUAAAAUUAGCCAAACACAGGUCAACCUCGUGCAUUCAAACCAAAAACCAACAACCACAAAAUCUACCAGUCAAUCAACUACAGAAGCAUCUAGCCAUUCAGAAGUCAGCCCAAUAACAAAGUCCAAACAACAGUUGACAGCAAGAUCAACAAGCCAAAUAACAGAGACAACUCAGUCAGAUGAAACCCAAGCCAAUCUAGUUUCACGUAUCCCAUCUCAAACAACCAGCCAGUCAACAGUAAGGAUGGGGUUGACCAGUCAAUCAUCAAGCAUAGCAACAGAAACUCAUAAAUCAACAAGCAGCACAGCUAAGACUGUGAAAACCAGCAAAUCAGAAGUCAAUGUCGUGCCAUUCAUCCAAAACCCAUCAACCACAACAUCGACCAGUCAAUCAACAAUAGAACCAUCUAGCCCACUGUCAACUACCAAAGUGACUUCCAAACCAACAACAACCACUGUUGCAUCAAUUAGUCAAACAAACCGACUGCCCACUAAAAUGACACCACACAACAAAGGUGGACCAUCCACCCAACGACCAGCCACCAAAACAUCAGUCAGUCAAUCUCCCAUCACAACAACCCAAAACAACAAAUCAGGAACUUCCAGAGAACCACCAAACCAGUUGUCAACCAACACUGCAUUAGUCAAUAAGGGAAUAAGACCUACUAGACAAACGCCAAGCAUUGCCUCAUCAGAAAACCAGUCCCUAGAUAGACUAACACAAACCACUCAGUCUUCAACCACAUCGGUAAUGUCCAAAUCAUCUGGAAGUAUAGAACCAACCAAACCAACAGAUCCCGAACCGUCCCAAUUACAACACAGUCCUACUGCAGCAGUUCAACAUGCAAGAAAGACAAAACACCCCAUCCAACAAGUAGAGAGUACAACAUCAGCCAGAAAGUCAUCUGAGAAACAAAUACCUGCUAAAGCACCGUCCAGAAACUCAUCCUCUAAAAAGACUGGAUCAAACCAUUCACCAAUAAUCACAGCAAAAUCUGGACAAUCACUGGAAGGUACAGACCCCAUUAGCCAAUCACCAGUCAGUAAAUCACCUCCCAGGAUCUCAGAUCUAGAUGGGAGUACAACAAAAUCAGCCCUACUGUCAUCCAGCCGAACAUCACCGAGCCCCUCAGCUACUUCAUCACAACCAAAGAGCCAGUCCAAUCUCACAACGACAUUUUCUAACCAAUCUCCAGCUACUUCAGCUCCUGCUGAUCAAUCAGUGACAACUUCAGUGGCUUUAGCAUACACAUCUCACAACCGGAUGUUGAAUAAUCAAACUCUGGUGAAGUUGGUAAACUCAGACCAGUCACUGAAUGGGUCUUUACUGCUAAACCAACUGGCAACUGGUCCAACAGCGGCAGGAAACCCAAUCGGCGGCGCCUUUCAUCCAGAUGAUCGGCCGGUUAAUGUCUCGCAGCUCACCAGGCAGGCAAAGGAGACCCUAAAGUCUUUGAAACGUAGAAUACCAGGGGAGCCGUGUGAGUAUCCCUGCCUUAAUGGAGGACAGUGCUAUUUGUCGGAGUUAUGUGACUGCAGCUUGUUUCAGGCCGCUGGACACAGAUGUCAGACAGUUCCAAAUCUCGGGUUUGAGAGGGAGAUGACCUGCAGGACGUGGGGUCAGUACAACUUUGAGACCUUUGACGGUCUCUACUUCCACUUCCCUGGCCGAUGCACGUACACGCUGCUGCGGGACUGUGAGGAAACCACCCAGGCCAGCGUUGUUGUCCAGGUCCACAAUGAUCCAAACUGCGGCUCGGCUCCCUACGCCUGUCAGCGGUCCGUUAGCCUCUUCCUGCCGUGGGAUGGAGAGAUACGACUCCAUGCCACCAGCGUUACCUUCAAAGGUCAAAGUCUGCAGCUUCCUCAUCACAUCCAUGAGCUUCAGCUGGAGCAGAUUUCCCAGUAUGUGCUGGUGACGCAGCAGCAGGGCUUCACGCUGGCCUGGGAGGGGCGGAGCGGAUCGGUCUACAUUAAACUCAGCCCGCAGUUCGUGGGCCGAACCUGCGGCCUGUGUGGAAACUUUAACGCAGACAUUCAGGACGACCUUAAGACGAGCUACGGUGUGCUGACUCCAGACGUAGAGAUGUUUGGGAACAGCUGGAUGGAGAUGGAGCCCCACCAGGACCGAUGUCCCCAUGUUCCCUCUGCAUUCCCGUCGCCCUGCGCUGGUGUUGAUACUCAAAUCCUUCUGAAAGUGGAGGAAGUGUGUGCGGCGCUGCUGGACCCGCCUUUCCAGAGCUGCCAUGACUUUGUGAGUCCGCUGUCCUACAUGGCUAGCUGCUCCAACGACCUCUGCAUGUCGGGUCCCAGUGGCGAUGUGGUAUGCCAGGUGUUCAGCGAAUACGCUCGAGCCUGCGCCCAUGCUGAUCACCCACUGCACAACUGGAGGCAGCGCGUUCCUCAGUGUGUGAAGCAGUGUCCUCUGGGGCUGCAGUACAGGGAAUGCAUCAGCUGCUGUCCAGAGACAUGCAACCUGGAGCGGACAUGCAUAGACAGCAAGCUGGCCUGCUUAGAUGGAUGCUACUGUCCUGAAGGUCUGAUUUAUGAGGAAGGGAGUUGUGUGGCCCCGGCUGACUGUCCCUGUGAAUACCACGGCAUGUUUUAUCCAUCUGGACAAACUCUGCAGGAAGAAUGCAACAACUGCACAUGUGUGGGUGGAGUGUGGAACUGUACCGACCACACUUGCCCAGGGGAAUGCUCGGUAACAGGCGAUAUGUACUUCCAGUCAUUUGACGGGAGGAUCUUCACCUUCCCUGCGACAUGUCACUACGUCCUCGCCAAAAGUCGCAACUCAGGGAAAUUUGCCGUCACCAUCCAGAAUGCCCCCUGCGGAGCUAAUCUAGACGGGGCCUGCAUCCAAUCAGUUAACCUGAUCAUUGACGAGGAUCCAAGGACUGAGAUCACACUGAGUCACGUCGGCGAGGUCUUCAUGGCCGGCCAGUACCGCGUCUCGCUGCCCUAUUCUGACGAUAUCUUCCACAUCCAGGAGCUGUCGUCCAUGUUCCUCCAGGUGAGGACGGCGUUCGGCCUGCAUCUGCAGUACAGCUGGACGGAGUUUCGUCUCUACCUGCAGGCCGACGAGACGUGGAAAGACGACACAGUGGGACUGUGCGGCACCUUCAACGGCAACACUCAAGACGACUUCCUAUCUCCUUCAGGAAUGAUCGAGAGCACCCCUCACCUGUUUGGAAAUGCCUGGAAGGUGUCGUCUGCCUGUUCCCUCAGCCUGAGCACGCCUCCGCUCGACCCCUGUGAGACCCACCAACAGGCCGUGACCUACGCCUCGGAGAUGUGUGACAUCCUGAACCAGGAUCUGUUCGCCCCCUGUCACGAGUACCUCAGCCCAACGCCGUUCCACCUGCAGUGCCGCGCAGACACCUGCAGGUGUGGCACGCCCUGCCUCUGCUCCGCCCUGGCUCACUACGCUCGGCACUGCCGCAGGUUCUCCAUCAUCGUCGACUUCCGAGCGCACGUAUCGGACUGUGCUGUCACCUGUCCUGCCACCAUGCAGUAUGGCACCUGUGUGUCGGCCUGCCAGCGGCGCUGCUCCUCCCUGUCCGUCCCGCAGCACUGUGGGGGCGACUGUGAGGAGGGCUGCGUCUGCCCCCAGGGCUCCUUCUACAACCACCGAACACACACCUGUGUGCACAGGUCCGAGUGUCCCUGCAGUUUCCUCGGAGCCGACUACGAACCCGGAGACGUGAUGUUGACAUCAGCAGGUGUUCAAAUGUGUCUUAAUGGUAAACUGGUUCCCCAGACUGGAGAAACUGACAGGCUUUGCCCGCUGGGUCAGGUCCACCUGAACUGCUCAGAUGUGGAGAACAGCCAAUCAGCAGGAAGGGGCGUGGCCUGUGAGCGCACCUGUGAGUCCUACCUGCUCAACAUCACCUGCUCUGCGCAUGAGCCCUGCAUCUCUGGCUGCGCCUGUCCGGCCGGGUUACUGAAACAUGGGGAUGAGUGCUUUGAGCCUGAUGCCUGCCCCUGUUUGUGGAAAGGGAAAGAAUAUUUCCCUGGCGACCGAGUUUCCUCCCCCUGCUACCAGUGUGUUUGCCAACACGGGAUGUUCCAGUGUGUGUUUCGUCCAUGUCCCUCCAUGUGCACGACUUAUGGUGAUCGCCACUACAGGACGUUCGACGGACUGCUGUUUGACUACGUCGGGGCCUGCAAGGUCUAUCUUGUUAAGAGCAGCGCUGAUGUGAUGCUGAGCGUUUUGGUGGAGAACAUCGACUGCUUUGACAGUGGAAUCAUCUGCAGGAAAUCCCUUCUGAUCAACAUCCGCGGAUCCUUCAUAUCUUUCGACGACGAUUCUGGAAAACCAAAUCCGUCUAGUGUGAUCGACAGGAAGCAACAGAUGUUCAUCUGGCCAGCUGGAUAUUUCACAAUAAUUCACUUCCCAGAAGAAGACGUGACGGUGCUGUGGGACCGCAAGACAACGGUUCACGUCCAGGUUGGACCCCGCUGGCAGGGGAAACUCAGCGGCCUGUGUGGGAACUUUGACCUAAAGACGGUCAACGAAAUGCGGACGCCUGACAACAUCGACUCGCCGACGCCGCAGGAGUUCGGAAACAGCUGGACAGCCAUGGAGUGUGUGAACAGUCCAGACAUCAGACAUCCUUGCAGCCUCAGUCCUCUCAGAGAGCCGUUUGCAAAGCAUCGGUGCUCCGUCCUGCUCAGUGAAGUCUUCCAGAGCUGCCACCCGGUGGUGGAUGUCACCUGGUUCUACACGAACUGCCUUGCUGACACAUGCGCCUGCAGCCGCGGAGGCGACUGCGAGUGUUUCUGCACCAGCGUGGCGGCGUACGCAGGGCGCUGCUGCCAUGAGGGCGUUUCUGUCGACUGGCGCUCGCCCUCUCUCUGCCCAUCUGACUGUGAAUUCUACAACAAAGUUCUGGGUAAAGGUCCGUUCAGGCUCUUGACCUUCUGGGACCAGACGUCUCUGGUGGCAGCCAGCCGGUCCAGCGGCUUCGUGUUCCUGCAGCGGGUCAACACCAGCGCCGGCGCCGCUCCCAGGAUCCUCUCAGAGUUUAUGAUGACGCCAGGCCUCAGUAGAGCUCGGCCGCACGAUUCAUCGCGGGUUUCCUUUGAAGCCGUCGACAGACCGAACUACUUCCUGCACGCCAGCGCCAGCGGCCAGGUGAGGCUGGCCAAGUGGGAGGGAAGCGAUGCAUUCUGGGACGGAGCCACCUUCAUCCUCCACAGGAACACCUGGAUCUCGGGCUACAACUCGCUGGAGUCGCACGCCAAACCCGGCUUCUUCCUGCACGCCACGCCGCCGCGCCUCCACCUGCUCAAGUUCAGACACAGCUACGGUUUCCGCAAGGCGUCGCUGUUCAGACUGACGGGCCCCAGACCGGACAGCCCUCCGGGUCCUCGCUGCCAGUGGAGGUACGACUCCUGCAUCAGCCCCUGCUUCAGGACCUGCAGCGACCCGUCCGCCGAGGCCUGCGUCACCAUCCCGCAAGUAGAGGGCUGCCUUCCUGUCUGCCCCCCAAAUACGGUCCUGGAUGAAAUCACCCGUCGAUGUGUUCAUGUUGAAGACUGUAUUCGGCUCCCAGAUUCAGUGGUGCCUCCGUCGCCGUCCACAGCAGCUGAACGUUAUGAUGUCACCACAUCGUCCACACCUCCACACACACACCACGCUGUGAAAAUUCCCACCAGCGCUGCUUCUAGCGCUACUUCUGGAAGCAAAUACACCACCUCAUCCAAAGCACCAGCUGCCCCUGAUGAGCCGGCCCGCCCGGAAACCGUAGUUACAUCUGCAACUCCUGAGCCGUCCAGAACUCUGUCUGGGUCAACAGUGCCCUCUGCUGUCAGGCCAGAGGAAGUGGAGGCAGCGUCCACAGUCAGGGUAUCUGAAACUCCUGCUACAACUUCAUCAGCUGCAACAAGAUGGACGACCAGGCUGAGCUCAUUCAGCCCCACCACAUCCAGAACAACCAGAGGUCAUUUUGACUCCUCCUCUACUAAACCGACCGACUCCCAGUACUCCCCGCUCACCACCAUUACAACGUCUGCUGGGAGGCCGACCACAAUCACAUCAGAAAGCUCGAGUUCAGCUGUAACUCAAACAACUUUGAGUUCAGUUUCUCCCCGAGUCUCAGAAACAUCUGCAGUAAGAGGCAGAACCACUGUCUCCAGUACAGCGACUACCUCUUCUACAAAAGCUGCACCAGUAGAGGGAAUGACAACAGCACCAUUUAUCCUGCCAGAACUACCAACCACAAGCUCUACAACAGCUUCUCCUGUUCCCACCUCGCCUACUAAAGAAGCACCAACUGGAUAUUCGUCAACAGCAACAACAGAACCAUUCCAACCAGUUAGCUUUUUCACUACCAGUAAGACACAAACUGGAACCACAGAAAGGACUUUGCAUGUCAUUCCAACUGAUCGUACAACUUCUUCAACUGUUUCUGUGUCAGCCACAACAACCGUCUACCAUGUUAAACCCUCUACAGCUCCACCGUCUGCCUUCACUUCAGCUACUACAGUGUGGCAAACAUCAACCAUAAAGAAAGUCACAGUCCCAGAAUCUCCUGCAUCUAAAAUCUCUAUAGUCUCCACAACAACAGCUUCACCCAGACCUGCCAAGAUGACAGGCAGCACCGCUCCUUCUUGGUACACCUCAGCUGCCUAUUCGGAUAGGACUUCCUGGUCCGCUGCUGCUCCAGUAACGGGGAAAACCACUUCUAGCAAGCUAACUUCAAGACCCCUUGUUGUCCCAGAAACAUCCACAAUGUCCACAGAUGUUCAUUUCACCACAAAACCUUCAACAGGAAUGACUACUUUACAACAAUCUCCAACCAUACAGAGCACCAUCCAUCCUCUGUAUACUGAGCGAACCUCUGAGCCUCGGUAUCCCCCUCACUGGCAGGUCACCUCCACUUCCACUACCACCUACCGGCCGCCAAUGGAGACAACACCUGGGCUGCCCUCUGAAACUCCCACCAUGUCUGCUAAAUCUCCUGAAGUUCCUCUUCUUCCAGUAACAUCUAGGACAACAUCUACCUCUGCUGCAACUACCAUCACCUCAGAAACAUUGGCUCCAGAAACCGGAGCCACAACCAUCAGGAAGCUGAUUACUCCACCUGUCGCCCCCUUCACCACCACCACUAGAGGACCUAGACCCUCCAGUCUUCAAUCCACUCUUGAGUCAAUUGCAAAGACUUCCCAACGAGUUACGACCAGAGUGUCAACUACAACUACAAGCAUGUCUUCUCCGUCCUUGUAUUUGCUCCACACAACAAGCUCUACAACAGCUCCAGAGGUAUCUACGGUCCUGGAGAAGGUCACGACCCGUCUGGUGUCCUCUUCAAGAGCCACACCAACCGCUGUGAGGACAUCCACCCUUUCAGCAACACUCAGACUUCCUGUAACAUCUAGAGUUACUUCCAGAGCCACAUCGUCCGCAGUUGGGCCGAUCACCGCAAGGGUCACUGUUGCAACAAGACCUUCAGCUACCACUACCAGAUCAACUGUGGUUGGCUCACCAGCUACUACAUCUCCAACCAUUGCAACAACAGCAAGCAGGGUUGAUCGUGUUCCCACAUCGGCAGCAAUUUCCCAUUUGACCACAACAACAGUUCCAGUAGCAGUCUCUUCACCGUUAUCUACAGCCGCCUUCACCAGAGAGUCAACCUCAACUGAAGAAGCUGAAACAACAACAUCUCCAUCCCGACCUGAUGUCUUUGUCUCAACCCGGGAGCCUGGUAUUCCAGUUCCAACUACAACGCGUCAAGAAUCCACCACCGCCUUCCAAAAAAUUCCUACAAGUCCAGGAUUGACAACAGCUUCGAGUUCUCCUCACACAGCGGCCGAAUCAACGAGUUCUUCGGUUGAGCGACUAACAUCAAUGUCAGAAACUCCUACAAGGACGUGCACUCCUCCGUAUGCAGAGAUAGUCGACGAAUGCACAAAGUACAUCUGUGUCAACAACCAGCUCAUCCUGUUCAACAAAUCCCAGAGCUGCCCCUUCACAGCUGAGCCUCCAAACUGCGGCCUGCUGGGCUUUGCUGUUCUGGUCAAUGGAGACAAGUGCUGCCCGAAAUGGGAUUGCCCAUGUCGCUGCUCGAUGUUCCCCGAUCUGAAUGUGAUCACUUUUGAUGGGGACAGCUUUGCCAUUUUCAAAGCUGCGUCGUACAUCGUUGCCCAGCUUCCCAACGAGACCCUCAGUGUCCUGAUUCAGGAAUGUCCGGCGGACUCUGAGCUGCCGCUCAUCUGGAACUUCACCAACUUGUGUCUGGUUUCACUCAACAUCACACACAAAUCGAACCAGGUUGUCGUCGACAGACUGCAGAGGAGACUCUUCGUGAACUCGCGCUACGCCAAGCCUCGUUUUAAAAAGUACGGCUUUGAGAUCUACGACACGGGCAACAUGUACCUGAUCCGCAGCCCGGCCGGGCUCAAGGUGCAGUGGUACCACAGCACCGGCAUGAUGGUGAUCGACGCCGACGACGCAGGCAGCAAACUCCCCACCGUGGGCCUCUGUGGUUUCUGCGAUGGAGAUCUGACCAACGAUCUCACUCUGCCCAACGGCUCGGUUUUGGGCGUAAGCCAGGACCCGGUUCUGUUCAUCGACAGCUGGCAGGUUCCCAACACCACCAGCUACGUCAGCUACAGCCGUCGGCGUGAACACAACUGCUCCACCAGUGACUGCUCGCGCUGCCUGGCCAUGCUGGAGGACGGCGCCUUCACGCCGUGCCACGCAUUUGUGCCGCCCAGCACGUUUUGUGAGGUUUGGGUGAGAGAUUCAGAGUAUGUGAACAACCACUGUGUGGCUCUGGCUGCUUAUGUGGCAACUUGCCAUAAAUUCAGCGUCUGCAUCAAGUGGAGGAGGCCGGAUUACUGCCCCUUCGUGUGUCCCGGCUCUCUGAGCUACCAGGCCUGUCUGCCGGCCUGCACGUCUCAGUCCUGUCCGAACCACGACUUUGACUCUGAUCCGGACCACUGCUCUGGCCUGACGGAGGGCUGCGUCUGCCCCGAGGGAACGCUGCUCCACCGGCCGUACUCGGCUCUCUGCAUCAGCCCUGAGAAGUGCGCCUGCACCGACAGCGGCGGCGUUCCUCGGUCGCACGGCGAGGUGUGGAAGGCCUCGCAGGACGGCUGCUGCGUGUACCGCUGCGACAACGACACCAUCGUCCCCGUGGAGUACGACUGCUCCAGCGCGCCGGCGCCGGUUUGCCACCGAACCGGGGAGAUGAUCAUCAGCAUGUCUGACGACACGAGCUGCUGUCCUCACAAAGUCUGCGUUUGUAACCAGAGUCUGUGCGAUCGCUUCCCUCCUGAGUGUAAAUAUGGGGAAAAGCUGGUGUCGUACUACAGACCAGAGUCCUGCUGCCCGGACUACGUCUGUGAGUGCGAUCCUGAGCGCUGUGAGUCGGAGCUUCCCGCCUGCAGAGACGACCAGACGCUGGUCGCCACCAGAGCCGACGGCAGCUGCUGUCUGGCCCACAUCUGCAUGUGCUCUUCCUGUGUGGAGAGGCCUCCUUCCUGCCGGGACGGCGAGGUGCUGAGCGUCGACAGCAACAGCACGGAUCGAUGCUGCCCGUCCUACCAAUGCGUGUGUGAGCCCUACAGGUGUCCCCAGCUGAACUGUCCUGUCGGGAUGUCAGUCGUGUCGGUUUCCAGUCCAAAUCUCUGCUGUCCCAACCAAACAUGCGUCUGCAGCUGUGAAAAGAUUGUCUCUCCUAAAUGUAGCCUGGGAGAAGCUGCACAGCUUGACCGGGCCUUCCUGUCCGACCCACAGAACCAGUGCGCCUGCAAGAGAUACAAGUGUGUGCGCGAGGCCGUGUGUGUGUACGGUGAACAUGGGCUGCUGCGGCCGGGUCAGACCCUCGUGGAGCACGGAGGCGACAGUUUGUGUUACAGUCGCCACUGCAGCCAUGUUCUGGACCCGGCGAGUGGAUUUUACCUGCUGCGGAUUUCCACGGUCAACUGCUCUGCCCACUGCCACCCGAAUCAGAUCUAUGUUUCUCCUAAAGACCAGUCAACCUGCUGCGGCGAAUGUAAAAACAUCUCCUGCAUCUAUCAACACGAGAACGGGACGGUAGGCCUCUAUAAGCCUGGAAGGUCCUGGGUGUCAAACUGCAAGAAGUUCGACUGCUCCGACACUUCAUUCGGACCGACUCUCAUCACCUACUCUUACAGCUGCCCCCCCUUCAAUGAGACAGAGUGCAUGAAGAUCGGAGGAACCGUCGUUAGUUACAUGGACGGAUGCUGCAAGACGUGUAAAGAAGACGGGAAGUCGUGUCAGAAAGUGACGGUGAGGAUGACGAUCAGGAAGAGCGACUGCCGGAGCAACCGGCCGGUGAACAUCGUGUCCUGCGACGGGAAGUGUCCCUCCGCCAGCAUCUACAACUACAACAUCAACACCUACGCUCGCUUCUGUAAGUGCUGCAGGGAGACGGGGCUGCAGCGGCGCUCCGUGCAGCUCUACUGCAGCAGCAACGCAACCUGGGUCAGCUACAGCAUCCAGGAGCCCACCGACUGCUCCUGCCAGUGGUCCUAGGCACAAACACUCACCUUCCGCAGCCCAGGCCUCACCUGGACCAGGUGUGUGAGGCCUAAAGGUGCUCAUGGAGAGGACAGCCUGGCGUUGGGACUGUGAAUAACACCACGGCAAGGUGCUGGGAGGAUGCGAAGGGCGGCUUCUCUGUCUGUUCUGUGCUGAUCUCAGUAAGUAUGUGUAGUACCUCUAAUGGCAGGGAGAUGGAGCUGUGGAGCAGAGAAGCAGAUACAACCAGGACCCGUGCAGUAACAGCGCUGAUGCAGUGACUAUUUGUCCAAAAUUCAAAUUCAAAAAUAAAAAAACUCGAGACUUAAAGGUGAAUCCAACUCAAAUAGUUACCUGAUGCUCCGUGGGUUUCUGGCUUACACCGUCCAAAAAGAGCAGAAAACUCAAAGAUUCACUUCUCUGUUGCUUUAUUCCGUAUUCAGGCUUCACAUGAUUCUGCUGCUCUGAUUCCUGCAUCUGUUCUCUGACUGAUUGACUGACUGGUAAAAAACCAGAAUAUCACCCACGUGCACAGGGAAAACCUGCAAAUUUACACCCAUGUCCCAAACUGAAAUUAAUUAACUAGUUAAGUGAAAUACUAGCCAAAGAAUUAUUCUAAAUGACAAAAAUUAAACAAAAAUUCUGAUUAUUAAUCAACUAGAAUAUAAGCAAAUAAAAGUAAAUAGUCUAAAUUCUAAGAUUUAACUGAAAAUAGAGAAAUAACUCCUACAACUGAUAUUCUCAAUUUCAUGGAAUUACAUUCAUUGUGACUACAGUUAAAACUUAUUAAAUCUACACUUUCAAAUAACCAAUUUUACUGGUGGCACUAGAACACACAGAUAUUUAAAUAUCUGAUUAAUAUCUCGUUGGUUCCUGCUCUUUGCUCUGUUCCCACCUCCCUGCCUUCACAUGGAGGACGUGCCAAUUAGAAAAAUCGUCUUAAAGAGCAUCCUGCCAUCUCUGCCUCACUUAUAAUUUCAUAAGAUCUAUGAGGAAAAUCCUCCCAGCUGAGUUUUGACCACCUUUCAUUUUUAAAUUUGACCCAAAACGUUGUGUGUUGUCUUUUGUAAAUAACUAAAUUCAAGUGCUCUUGAAAUCUUUUGCAGUGCAUAAAUUAGAUUUCUCUCUCUUUUAGAAAUGCUGGCAUAAAAUGUAUAUUCUGUGAUGUGGAUUUUAUUUUCUGUAAUCAUCAUUAACUGACUGAAAUCCAGCUGUUUGUGGAGAACUUUAUUUAUUUAUUGGAGUUUGCUAGAAUGCAGAAGUUCUGUUCUGUAAGAUGCAUUCGACCCAAAAGGAGAAGAAACAGCAAGAUGUUUUUUAAAAAUGUUUGUGACCAACAGACUCCUGGAUAGUUUAAGUUAAAGAGGAUUUGUAUCAUACAGAUGUACAUUUGACUUUUCAAUAAA